GAGGCCCCCGGUCCACGCCUCAGUCGGCCUGCGCGCCUCAGCCUGGCGGUUCUACCUCCGAGGGUUCACCCGCCCUUGGUUUUCCUUACACCUUCGCCUUUGGCUCCUUUGACCACUCGAAGCCCCACAGCGGGUUCCAGCGGACUUCACCAGCGGACCCAGAAGUGGUGGGUGAAACACAGCCUCUGUUCCUCCUUGAGCCUGUGGGGAGCUGCUGCCUGCCGCCAUCAUGUCUGCUGCAAAUCCUGAGACUCCCAACUCAACCAUCUGCAGAGAGGCCAGCACCCAGUCUUCAUCAGCUGCCGCUAGCCAAGGCUGGGUCUUACCAGAAGGCAAAAUCAUGCCAAACACUGUUUUUGUUGGUGGAAUUGAUGAUAGGACGGAUGAAGCUGAGAUCAGAAGCUGCUUUGGUAGACACGGUUCAGUGAAAGAAGUGAAGAUGAUCACGAAUCGAAGUGGUGUGUCCAAAGGCUAUGGAUUUGUUUCAUUUGUUGAUGACGUGGAUGUCCAGAAGAUAGUAGAAUCACAGAUACAUCUCCAGGGUAAAAAGCUGAAGCUGGGCCCUGCAAUCAGGAAACAAAAGUUCUGUGCUCGUCAUGUGCAGCCAUGUCCUUUGGUAUUUAAUCCUCCUCCUCCACCACAGUUUCAGAACGUCUGGAGGAAUCCAAACACUGAAACUUGCCUGCAGCCCCUAAUCACGCUGAAUCCUGUAACUCAGUACGUUCAGUCUGCUGCAAAUCCUGAGACUCCCAACUCAACCACCUGCAGAGAGGCCAGCACCCAGUCUUCAUCAGCUGCGGCUAGCCAAGGCUGGGUUUUACCAGAAGGCAAAAUCAUGCCAAACACUGUUUUUGUUGGUGGAAUUGAUGAUAGGACGGAUGAAACUGAGAUCAGAAGCUGCUUUGGUAGAUACGGUUCAGUGAAAGAAGUGAAGAUAAUCACGAAUCGAAGUGGUGUGUCCAAAGGCUAUGGAUUUGUUUCAUUUGUUGAUGAUGUGGAUGUCCAGAAGAUAGUAGAGUCACAGAUACAUCUCCAGGGUAAAAAGCUGAAGCUGGGCCCUGCAAUCAGGAAACAAAAGUUCUGUGCUCGUCAUGUGCAGCCAUGUCCUUUGGUAUUUAAUCCUCCUCCUCCACCACAGUUUCAGAACGUCUGGAGGAAUCCAAACACUGAAACUUGCCUGCAGCCCCUAAUCACGCUGAAUCCUGUAACUCAGUACGUUCAGAUGCCACCACAGCGGCCUGUUGGGGAGCAAAGGAGUUAUGCUGUACCUCAGUCUGCUGCAAAUCCUGAGACUCCCAACUCAACCACCUGCAGAGAGGCCAGCACCCAGUCUUCAUCAGCUGCCGCUAGCCAAGGCUGGGUUUUACCAGAAGGCAAAAUCAUGCCAAACACUGUUUUCGUUGGUGGAAUUGAUGAUAGGACGGAUGAAACUGAGAUCAGAAGCUGCUUAGGUAGAUACGGUUCAGUGAAAGAAGUGAAGAUAAUCACAAAUCGAAGUGGUGUGUCCAAAGGCUAUGGAUUUGUUUCAUUUGUUGAUGACGUGGAUGUCCAGAAGAUAGUAGAGUCACAGAUACAUCUCCAGGGUAAAAAGCUGAAGCUGGGCCCUGCAAUCAGGAAACAAAAGUUCUGCGCUCGUCUUGUGCAGCCACGUCCUUUGGUAUUAAAUCCUCCUCCUCCACCACAGUUUCAGAACAUCUGGAGGAAUGCAAACACUGAAACUUGCCUGCAGCCCCUAAUCACGCUGAAUCCUAUAACUCAGUACGUUCAGGCUUAUUCUACUUAUCCAGAUUCACCAGAUCAAUUUAUAUCUAUAAAUUCCGUCAUCCCUGGAUAUCAGUUGCCUGUAUAUAAUUAUCAGGCAUAUCGUACUUAUCCAAAUGCACCAGUUCAGGUCAUCACUAGAUAUCAGUCGCCUGUAUAUAAUUAUCAGGCUUAUUCUACUUAUCCAGAUUCACCAGGUCAAUUUACAUCUAUAAAUUCCGUCAUCCCUGGAUAUCAGUUGCCUGUAUAUAAUUAUCAGGCAUAUCGUACUUAUCCAAAUGCACCAGUUCAGGUCAUCACUAGAUAUCAGUCGCCUGUAUAUAAUUAUCAGGCUUAUUCUACUUAUCCAGAUUCACCAGGUCAAUUUACAUCUAUAAAUUCCGUCAUCCCUGGAUAUCAGUUGCCUGUAUAUAAUUAUCAGGCAUAUCGUACUUAUCCAAAUGCACCAGUUCAGGUCAUCACUAGAUAUCAGUCGCCUGUAUAUAAUUAUCAGGCUUAUUCUACUUAUCCAGAUUCACCAGGUCAAUUUACAUCUAUAAAUUCCGUCAUCCCUGGAUAUCAGUUGCCUGUAUAUAAUUAUCAGGCAUAUCGUACUUAUCCAAAUGCACCAGUUCAGGUCAUCACUAGAUAUCAGUCGCCUGUAUAUAAUUAUCAGGCAUUUCCUGCUUAUCCAAAUUCACCAAUUCAGGUCACCACUGGAUAUCAGUUGCCUGUAUAUAAUUAUCAGAUGCCACUGCAGUGGCCUGUUGCGGAGCAAAGGAGAAAUCUGUGGACCGAAGCAUACAGAUGGUGGUAUCUUGUCUGUUUAAUCCAGAGAGCAGACUGAUAAAUUCUGUUGUUACUCAAGAUGACUACUUCAAGGAUAAAAGAGUGCAUCGCUUCAGAAGAAGUUUGACAGUAUUUAAAUCUGUUUGAUCCUCUCAGCUGUCUAGUUCUGUGGGAAGUUGGUGGUUUUGAAUAUUAAGCUAAAAGUUUUCCACUGUUCCAGAAAUUCUGAAUUUUGGUAAAUCACACUGAAACUUUCUGUAUAAGUUGUAUUAUUAGACUCUCUAGUUUUAUCUUACAUUGAAACUGUUCUUCCUUAGAUGUUUAUUUAGAACCUGGUUCUGUGUUUAAUAUAUAGUUUAAAGUAAAAAAUAAUUGAGACUGAAAGAAUGUUAAGAUUUAUCUGCAAGGAUUUUUAAAAAAAUGAAAUUUGCAUUUUAAGUGUUUAAAAGCAAAUACUGAUUUUCAAAAACAAGUUUUUAAAACCUGAUUUGAAAGCUAAGAAUUUUGAUAGUCCGAACACAAGCAUUUCACUUCUCCAAGAAGUACCUGUGAACAGUACAGUAUUUCAGUAUUGAGCUUUGCAUUUAUGAUUUAUCUAGAAAUUUACCUGAAAAGCAGAAUUUUUAAAACUGCAUUUUUAAUCAGUGGAACUCAAUGUAUAAUUAGCUUUAUUGAAGUCUUCUUAUCCAAACCCAGUAAAACAGAUUCUAAGCAAACAGUCCAGUCAGUGAAUCAUAAUGUUUGUUCAAAGUAUGUUAUCUUUUAUCUAGAAUCCACACAUAUAUAUAUAUAUAUAUAUAUAUCCAAUUCGAUUGGGAUAGUAAUUAGGUAACUAAAAUUCUGGGCCUAAUUUUUUAAAGAAUCCAAGGCAAACUAAACUUUACUAGGUAUAUAACCUUCUCAAUGAGUUACCAUUCUUCGUUUUUAUUAAAAAAAAAUUGUUCCUUGAAAUGCUAAACUUAAUGGCUGUAUGUGAAAUUUGCAAAAUAACUGGUAUUAAAGAACGCUGCAACUUUUUUAUGUCACUCAAAGAUUAAUCAGGAAUUGCUUUUAUAAAAACAUUGAAGUAUUAGUUACUUGCUAUAAAUAGAUUUUUAUUUUUGUUGUUUAGCCUGUUAUAUUUCAUUUUGUAAAAUAAAAUAUGUCCAGAGGAGACAAAAUAGGUAGUUUUGAUAUUUCUAAAUCACAAAAGUUGUUUAGUAAGUAUAUCUUAAGAAUCUGCUAGAGUUAAAGUUAACGUUGUUUCUAGAUUAGGUAGUGUCCUCAUUUUAUAUUGUGACCACACAGCUAGAGCACCGGAGCCCUUUUGCUAUACUCACAGUCUUUUUUUCCCAGCCUCUUUUACUAGUCUUUCAGGAGGUUUGCUCUUAGGACUGGUGAUGUAAAGAAUGGAAGUAGCUGUAUGAGCAGUUCAAGGGCCAAGCCGUGGAAUGGUAGCAAUGGGAUAUAAUACCUUUCUGAGGGAAACAUUUGUAUCAGUAUCAUUUGAUCUGCCAUGGACAUGAGUUUAAAGUGGCUUUCUGGCCCUUCUUUCAAUGGCUUCUUCCCUAAAACAUGGAGACUCUUAAGUUAAUGUAGUUACUAUGGGCCAUAUUAGUAAUGCCCACUGGGGUCUAUGAUUUCUCAACAUUUUCAUUCUGAAUCUGAAGGAGAGAGUAUUUUAACUUUAGAAUUCUCAAGAGGGCUUUAUUACACCUCAGAAAUCAAAAGCACCAUGAAUUUGUCCAUUAAAAAUCACCCAUAGUUUUUUUAGUGCUUUAACAUUCUGAUGUACAUCAUUCUGUGAUUAAAUCUCCAGAUUUCUAUAAAUGAUACCUAUAUUCUAAAGAGCUAAUUUGGAUUAUUCCGAUAUGACCUUAAGGAAAAGUAAGGGAAUAAAUUUUUGUCUUUGUUGGAGUGAAGUAUUUAAAAGCGUAAGGUAAAAGAGAUAUUAAGUCCUAAACCUUUCAAAAUGGAAAAUUAAUUCUGAACUUAGAAAAAUGUUUCUGCUACCUGUUGCUGAUACUGUCUUUGCAUAAAUGAAUAAAAAUAAACUUUUUUUCUUCAAAA